ACCAUAGCAAUCUGCUGCACUAUGGAAGCCAUACAUUGAAGCAGAAAACAGGGAGGAGUCCUUUUCGGGCAACAGCCUCGCGUAGAAAUGAAGAAGCUCUUUGGCGGGAACAAGAAGAAGGAGAAGGAGGGCACGCUCGUGGGGAAGACGGUCAUGGUUGGACCGUUCUCCGUGCGCGUGGAGGCAAUAGUUGGAGAAGGUGGCUUCGCGACCAUCUACCGUUGCAUCGACGGCAAGACGGGGCUCGCCUACGCGCUGAAGCACAUGCGGCUGGCGCCGGACACGGUGGAUGAAGUGAAGGCAGAGGCCAAGGUGAUGGCAAGACUCAAGGGCCACCCCAACAUCCUGCGGCUGCACGCGGUGGCGUUCGGCGGCCCCACAGGCGCCGAGACGGACGGCUUCAUGCUGCUGGACUUCUGCCCGCUCACCCUCCUGGAGGUGAUGCAGCGCAACAACUUUGCUCUGGACGACUUCCUGGUGUACGAGGUGUUCCAGGACGUGGUGUGGGCCGUGGCGCACAUGCACAAGUGCAACCCGCCGCUGGCACACAGGGACCUGAAGGCCGAGAAUGUGCUGAAGAACGGCGAGGGCCGCUGGGUGAUCUGCGACUUUGGCUCCGCCACCUCGCGGGCCCAGGUGUACGACAGCUCCGCCGACAUCGCGGCGGAGGAGGACGUCAUCCGCCGCACCACCACACCCGCGUACCGGGCGCCCGAGAUGUGGGACCUGUACACGCGGCAGCGCAUCGACACGGCGGUGGAUGUGUGGGCGCUGGGCGUGCUGCUGUACGUGCUGGCCUUCGGCAAGCUGCCCUUCCCCGGCGACUCCAAGCUGGCCAUCCUGUACGGCAAGUACGACAUGCCGCCGGGCCGCCCGGCCGCCAUGCGGGCGCUGAUCCAGGACAUGCUGCAGGUGAACCCGGCGGACCGGCCAGACAUCUUCCAGAUCAUCUCCAAACUCGACCUCCUCCGCAACGUCCUCUCCAGCGAGGCCUCGGGCGGAAGCAACGGAGCCGGCGCGCCCCCGGACGCCCCCACGGUGCCGCACCCGCACCCCUACCCGGCGCCCAUGCCGGUGCCGAUGCCGGGGGCGCCGCCGCCGCCGCACGUGCUCCCAGGGCAGCAGCUGCCGUAUCCACGGCAGGGGUCGUUGGGCGCCCCAGCACCGGGCCCGCCGGGGCCCAUGCCGCCGCACCCGCACCCAGUUCACGGCGGCGCGCCGCCGCCACCGGGCUGGGUGCCGCCGGGGCCGCCCGGGCCGCACCACCCGCCGCCGCCCUACCACCCAGGGCAAGGGCCGCCAGGGCAGCCGGGGCCCCACGGCGCGCCGCACCCGCCCGCCUACGCCCAACCGCGGCCCGGCGCCGGCCCCCCGCCGCCGCAGCAGCAGGUGCAGCGGCAGCCCUCGCGCGGGGGCAGUUUCAACCCGGCCUGGCCAGCGGGGCCGCCGGGCGCCCCGGGGGGGCCGCCUGGGCCGCAGGGCGUGCAUCCACACCCGCACGCACACGGCCCGCCGCCGCCGCAUCUACAGCCGCAGCCAUACCCGUACCCGCAGCACCCACAUCCUCAGGCCGCGCAGGCACACCCGGGGGCAGUGGCACGGGUGCCGGUACAGCCUCAGCAGCAGCCAGACCUGUUGGGCGAUGCCUGCCCGGAACCUCCUGUCACCGCGCGGUUGCAACCGGAAAGGCGCGCCUCGGGCAGUGGCCGUGGCAGUGGCAGUGGCCGACCGCCGGCGGUGGGCUUUGGCGACGACGUGGACUGGGCCGGCGCCGGGCCCUCCGCCACCUCCACCUCAGGUCCCUUCGCGGCAGCAGCCACAGCCGCGCUUCUGCAGCCUGCGGCGUUCGGGGAAGGCGCGACGCGCGCUCCUGCUGCUGCCGUUGCAGCGCCGGCCCGGGCGGUUGGAGAGGUGGAUUGGGGAGAGCAGCCUGCGUUCGGGGCCCUCGCGCGCUCGGUGACAUCCACUGCCACGCCGGCGCCGACACCGUCGGGCGGCGCCGCGCCGCAGCAGCCACAACCGCAGUUACAGGCGCAGCGGGCGGCAUCACAGGUGGCACCAGGGGACCUCAUGUCUCUGGACAGCAUGCUGCCGGCCACGCCGCCGCCCAGCUUCAGCCAACCAGCGAAAUCCCAGCCGUCUUCCGCGGCCGCUGCUCCCGUGCAACAGCAGGAGCCGCAGCAGCACCAGCACGAGCUGCCGCAGGAGCCCGCCGGACUGAGCCCCAUGCCCAGUCAUGUGAGCGGCGCCGCCUCGAGCGCCCCCAACAGCAGGAGCCUGGCGGCGACCGCCGCGGCCGCGCUACAGCAGCCGCAGGCUGCCGCCGUGCCUUUGGGGGUCAUGACGCCGGCAGCGUGGUCGCCGCUGGAGGGCGCGGCUGGGCAGGCUGGCAGCACGGAUGCUGCCGCUGGAGGGCGGCCGCCGCCCGGCGCCGGGGCUGGUGGCGGCGGUGGUAGUGGCGGUGGCGCAAGCACGGGUGUGCUGCCAGCGGCGGGGCCCGAAGGGGACGGCGAGACGGUGGGCCUGAGGGCGGAGGUGGCUCGGCUGGCAGCACACAACGCGGCGCUGGAGGGCCGCGUGCGGCAGCUGGAGGGCCUGGUGGCGGCGCAGGGCAGUGCGCUGCAGCGCCUCGCGGCCGACCUGUCCGCCGUGCAGCUGCAGCAGCAACAGCAGCAGCAGCAGACACAGCACCACCAGCAGCAUCACAACAGCCACCCGCUCGCGGCCAGCUCUACCUCGUCGUCGUUCGGCGGGGCGCCGCCGCUGCACGGUGCCGGCGGCCUGCCGCCGGCGGCGUUGUCCCGACUGGCGCCGCACAGUGGCGCCUCCGCUCGACUGCCGGGCUCUGGCGGGGCCACCGGUGGCACCGGCGGGGCAGGCGGAAGUGCGCACGCAGGCCUGCUCGCUAGCGGGGGCGCCGCAGGCGGUGGCACCGGUGGCAGUAGCUACACCAGCGGCACCUUCGCCUCGGGGCCGGGCGGUGGUGGAGCCGGCGGCAACCAGCUACUGGCGGGCGCGGGCUCGAGCUCGGGGCUGGGGCCGGCGGAGGAGGGCGCCGGUGGCAGCCGCGUGAACGGCGGCGGUGCCGGCGCCCCCGGGGGGCAUGCGGGCUUUCCGGUGGAGGACGGCUUUGGCGAGGGCAGCCCCUGGUGUGCCGCAUACGGUGCGUCCCUGGGCGCCAACCGGAUCAGGUCCGCGACUACCGUAUAUGCCAUCAACCGCUACUGAUCCCAUGUAUUUCUUUGCUGCCCC